CGAUUGCAGAAACGGCACUUUCCAUAGAUACUCGCCAAAAAAAUUAAUUUACAUAUCCAAGCCACAAGCCCCAUGCAGCAUGUAUGUCAUCCUACGCCAUCCUGUUCCCGAAAAAAAAGGAAAAACGGUAGGAUAAAAAAAAAGCCAUGAGUAAACGAAAAGCAUAGCACACCGAUGAUACCGGGGUACGGUAAGGCAAGUAAUAGUUCAAGGUCCGCGACAGUUCGGCUCUGUGCCGCUUUUCCAAACGGCAUGCCGCCCGCGCGCCCGUCAUCACGCACCCCAUGCUUAUGCCGCACACACGCGCGGUGCGAUGCACGCCCGGCGCCCGUCAUUCCCGCGUCUCCGAUUCUUUGAUCCUAAAUUUUUUUU